AUGUCGAGCAGGACGUACGAGUCGAGAAUUCCAGAGGAGGAUGAAGAAAGCCUCACAGAGACUCUGGCAGAGAGCAUGUCCGAUGGAAAGCGGGAAUGGAAGCGCAUGAGCUGGUAUGAAGAGCGGCCGCGAAGCUGGUUCAAGUCCAUACAACAGAAUUGGCAGUGGCUGGCCCACGGCGUACUCUUAUCCAUGUCGCUGGUAUCACUGGUGCAGGCGUACCGAAUUCGCCAUGCUGAUCAAGAUGUCUUUUUCACCAAGAAGUAUUCUUCCUAUUCUCCUGCCGCGGAAGUCGUCAACUACCACACGGAGCGGUACAACCUCACACCCAUCAUGGACUGGUCUCCCUAUGUCGGAUACGGCAAGGAAGUCGACCGGGCGUGGGAUCACAUAACCAACAAUGUGGGCGACCAGAUGAUCUCGCAGGUUCAGCUAGAACGUCUCGGCCUCGACCCAUCGUCCAUCAAGUGGAAACAUCCCACUACUGGCGAGGAGGGCUACCGUGUGGGCAUCGAGGUCUUCCACCAACUACACUGCCUGAAUCUCCUUCGUAUGGCCACGUGGAGCGAAUACUACUCACAGGAGGAGGUCGGUGGUGACGUUGCCACUGAUCCGGAGGACCUUCGUGGGCAUGUCGUGGAAGGCCACUGGCCAGACUUCAGCACGUUGCAUGUCUGCCGUAACUUUGACGACAUCAGGAAUUGGGCCAUGGUCAACUCGGUCACCUUUGAAGAUGAGGAGUAG